ACAUCGAUGGCCGUGAGGAUGACUUGACAGAUUUUCGUGGUACGCUUCCAUCUAUUGCGUGUCUUCUAGAAAAACCAUCGAAAUAUUUGAAAAAUGCCGUUAGAAGGGCGUAAAAGUGACAGAAGAUCCUCUCAUGGAAGUCAGGUAUUGCCGUCACAGCUUCCCAGUGGCAAGAGCUCCACUGUCACCUGGUCCAGUGCUGGACAUUAGUGAUGAUGAACUCGUUUCUAUAUCAGUCAGAGACCUGAACCGACAACUCAAAUUGCGGGGCCUAUCAAGAGAUGAUAUAGUACGAAUGAAACAACGCCGACGCACUUUGAAAAAUCGUGGAUAUGCAGCAAGUUGCCGAAUAAAAAGAAUUGAACAGAAAGAUGAAUUGGAAACUGAGAAAUCCCAAGAGUAUCGGGACAUGGAACUCAUGAGUGAGGAUAAUGACGCAAUGAGGAUUGAACUACAAACCCUUCAAGCAAAGUAUGAAGCUUUGAAAGCCUUUGCUUUAUCAAAGAAGAUACCCAUCCCUCCUGAAUUGGAAUCUUGCAGGUGAAUGAAUAUCACAAAUAAUGUAUUCUGUAAUUUUGUGAUAUUAUGUUUAUAGGCAUCAUCACUGUGGUAGAUAGAUGUUACAGUUCUAUCUCAAAGUAAUGAAAUUGUACCUCUUAAGUAUUACCUUUAGUUGUUUAAGAGUGAAAAACCACAUGAGCUUGCUAUUCCUUGGUGUUUUCAUUUUGUUCUUUAGUAUUGAUGAUUAUGCUGUAAGUCUGAAUAUCAGUUAAGACAACUUUCUACUUGACCUUCUCAAAUGCCCUUAUAUUCGAGUUAUGUUCUUUGAACAGAAUGAAAAAUAGUUGUACUUUAUAUAAGAUAAUUCUUCUGUGGUUAUGGUGUACUUGAAUAACUCUAGCUUGGAUAGUGUAUCCAUUUGUCAAUAGGUUUGUACUACUAGAAGUACCUCAAUAAACCACUGAGUACAGUAA